UUUAAAGCCUCUCUUUAUGCGUUUAGGAAAAUCGCAGAAUAUCUUUCUGUUUUGUAUCUUAGACAUGAUAUAAGACAUCGGAAACAAUAUUUUGUUGAUUAGGAAGCUAUUUGGGAUUUAUUCAUAGCUCUUUCGAGACCCAGACCUGUUGGAAUCGAUUCAGAUUUUGAUUCCCAUAUCAAAUUGUGUUAGGAAUCGAUUCGAGAACUUACAACGAUUUAUGUUUUUUUACGGAACUCAGUUCGAGCAAAUAUUUGUGUAAAUAUAUAUAGUGUGAUACGGAUUAACUGGAAACAUUGGUGUCCUACGUUUCUAAUUGACCUUGAACCUAAAUCGCAGUAGAACCGACUCCCAAGCUUCCCAAGCGCCCUCGUAUUUCCAAUUCCUAGAAUCGUAGAGUCGACUCUUUUUAAGAAGUCGACUCUUAGCUUAAUUUCCAGGCAAUAACACCAGUUAUAGAGGCUCAUCUGUCAUAUGCAGCAUGAUAACGCUCCUGAGCUUCUGGUGACUCAGUGGGCGCCAUGCAGAGACGCCACAGCAGUAACACAGAUGGCAUGCCACCUGAAAGGAACAGGAGUCAAACGCUCGGAUCCGAGAGCAGCCUGGACGAAGGAGGCGUGUUCGACUGUUUAAAGCCAGAGUCUCCUUCCUCGCCCCAGCAGCUUUUCUCAGGCCUGGUCGGUGUGUCCGCCAGCGCAGUGACCUCGGCUCCUUUCCAAGCUGCCGGACUCGUCCUCGGUUCUUCUUCUUCUGAGGUCUUUAUACAGAUGACUACGUCGUCAAGGGAGGAAGGCUCUCACCGGGCAGAGGGUGCGGCAUUUCUUCCUCGGCCCGGCCAGCACCACCAUCAUCAUCACCACCAUCAUUUCCACCAGUCGGGGCAGCACCGCUCCGCCCUACUUCAUUCGGCGUCCUCGGCUGAGAGACGAGGCAGCAGGGACGAUGGUGAUGAAGCAUCUGCUCCGGCUCCUGCUCUGUCCGAACUGAAAGCUGUGGUCACGUGGCUGCAGAGAGGAUUCCCCUUCAUCCUCAUCCUCCUUAUUAAAGUCUGUUUCCAGCACAAGCUUGGUAUUGCUGUGUGCAUCGGCAUGGCUUGCACUUUCGCCUUUGCUAACUCUACUCUAAAGCACCAGGUGUCUCUGCGGGAGGACCGGUCCAUCUUUGUCGCUUUUUGGAUUCUGGUGUUUCUAGCAGGCAACAUUGUGUAUGUUUAUUACACGUUCAGUGCUGAGGAGCUGCACAACAGUCUGAUAUUUGCCAAGCCGAACAUCAACAGUUAUGAUUUCUUCGACCUGAUCUGGGUGGUCGGGAUCACCGACUUUGUGCUCAAGUUCUUCACCAUCACUGUCAAGUGCCUCGUUCUCUUCCUACCCAAAAUCCUGCUGGCUUUUAAAUCCAGAGGAAAGCUCUAUUUGCUUAUUGAAGAGUUCAGUCAGCUCUUUCGUGCUCUGGUGCCCAUCCAGAUGUGGUACAAAUACAUCAUGGGUGAAGAUCCAUCCAGCAGCUACUUCCUGGGUGCGGUGUUGAUUAUCAUCUACAGCCUGUGUAAGUCCUUUGACCUCUGCGGAAGAAUAUCAGGAAUCCGCAAAGCUUUCGUCGUGCUCUGUAGCUCGCAGAGUUACGGUAUGAGGGCCAGCACGCAGCAGUGCACUGAGGCAGGAGAUGUGUGUGCAAUCUGCCAGGCUGAAUUCAGAGAGCCAGUUGCUCUGCUCUGUCAGCAUGUGUUUUGUGAAGACUGCCUGUGCCUGUGGUUCGAUCGGGAACGGACAUGUCCUCUGUGCCGUGCGGUCGUCGUGGAAACGCCACGCAGCUGGAAGGAUGGCACCACAUCUGCACACUUUCAGAUCUACUGAUCAGACGUGACAUUAAACUCCCAGUAAAGCACUGUUGGGGUGGGGGUGGGGGUGGUGGGGGUGUUAAUCCGUUUUUAGAGAUCAGUGUAGUACCAGUUAUUUACACUUAAACAAUUUUUGGGACAAGUUAGAUAACGCGCAUAAAAGUGUCACGUCCCACAGCAUGGACUUACUCACAGAAAAGUCUGGUCAGUUAUGCAGCGUCGACCUUUACUGUUUCUCCUUAACAGCAUUGUUUAUGUUCUGACCUUUACAAAUACUCCAGCUUUUCUCAUGAUGUUCUCACGCAUGAGGAGCUCUGACUGUAACGUCGUUCUUACUUCCUCCAUUAAAAGUCUUUUUCAGUAAAAGAGAAAGAAAAUCAAUCAAAUUCUUUACUUUUAAAAGAAAGAAAAAGAAUUAAAUAUGUCCUUUACAUUAAAGAAAGAAAGAAAGAAAUGAAAGGAGAAUAAUUUAAUUCUUGAAAUUAAAGAAAGAAAUAAAGUAGAGGAAACACAAAAUAUAUUAAUUGAAAUGAAA